AUGGGACCAAAAGCCAAGGAAACCAUGCUGACACUAUUCAAUAAAAUCUGGGAGACCAGUCUCGUACCAAACCAAUGGAAAUUUGUCAUAGUAAUACCAGUACUGAAAAAUGGCAAAUACCCUAGCAACUUCGACAAAUAUAGACUUAUCUCCCUCAAAAGCGUCCUGGCUAAACUUAUAAAAAGAAUCGCUAACAGGAGGCCCACCUUGUUCCUUGAGACAAGCAAUAUUCUUAGGAGUGAACAAGCCGGUUUUAGGCCAACAAGAUCAACGAGGCAACAGAUAGAAAACUUUUUGGCCACAAAGAUCAACGAACCAACAAGUAGCCACUCUCUCAAACACAUCAAAGAUGUCCUUGAUGCAAGAAAUACCCUUACGUCUGUUUUCGUCACCCUUGAUGCAAGAAAUACUCUUACGGCUGUUUUCGUCGGUUUCAAAUCAGCAUAUGACUUAGUAUGGAAAGAGAAGCUAAUUCGAAAAUUGGUCUUCCAACACAUCAAAGAUGCCAUUGAUGCAAGAAAUAUGCUGUUUUCGUCGAUUUCAAAUCAGCAUAUGACUUAG